AUUGGAUAUUGGAAAGUUAUGUGUUUCAAGGUUUGACCUUGAUUUUUGUGGAAAUAAAUUCGAGGUGGUAAACGUGUUGGAGGAUCAACGUCGUGUCAGUAUUAUCAGCUUCCCGUGUUUUUCCGAAGAUACUAUAUAAUUAAAGAAGACCUGAACCAUGCCCAUACAAUGCAGAUUUUACGAGGAUUUAUUUCCCGAUGUCGGAGAUGUUGUGCUUGUGACAGUUAAAGUCAUCCAAUCGAUGGGUAGCUAUGUGGAACUGUUGGAGUACAAAAACAUUGGGGGGAUGAUAUUACAUAGUGAGCUGUCUCGUCGACGCAUAAGAUCUAUUAGCAAACUUGUUAGGAUCGGGUCAAACACCGAGGUAACUGUAGUGCGAGUCGACAGUGCCAAAGGUUAUAUUGAUUUAUCAAAAAGAAGAGCAUCUGCUGAAGAGAUAGCAAAGUGCAAGGAAAGGUUCGCCAAAGCUAAAGCGGUUAACCAGAUUCUGAGGAACGUAGCAGAGAAAUUGGAUUAUAAAACUGACGAACAACUUGAAGAGCUGUGUAAAAAAACCGCCUGGUAUUUUGACAGGAAAACUGGUCGCAGAGCUGGUUCGUAUGACAUUUUCAAGAAAGUUGUAAAUUCACCAGAAAUCCUUGAUGAAUGUGACAUAGAUCAACCAACAAAAGAAAUGCUUCUCACUGAUAUCAGACAUCGAUUGACACCAAAAGCGGUAAAAAUCCGUGCUGACUUUGAGGUUUCGUGUUUCACGUAUGAUGGUAUCGAUGCUGUCAGAAACGCACUUCGGUCUGGACUAGAACUUAAUUCAGAUUCUCUUCCAAUUCGGAUCAAUCUGAUUGCGCCACCACUUUAUGUACUAACCACACAAACAAUGGAUCGAACUGCUGGCUUGGGACAGCUCAAUGAAGUGUUAGAGGUUAUCAAGAAAUCGAUUGAAAAUCAAGGUGGUUCAUUCAAAAUUCAACAGGCUCCUAGGGUCGUUUCAGAUACAGAUGAAGCGGACCUACAACGUCAAAUGGAUGAAUUAGAAAAAGCUAAUCGUGAAGUCUCUGGUGACGAGGAUGAUGAAGAGGAAGAUGACGACGGUGAGGAAGAUGACGAUUCGAUUUCUAACGAUGAAGGCCAAAAUGGACAUAAGUGAUACAUCCUAUAAGUUUUUAUUCAGUUAUAUGAAUAAACGAUUUUUUCGCUCUAA